GUUACAAACAGAUCUCGUAUUCUCGUCCCGUGAUCGUAGUGGUGUUCAACUGACCGCUAUUACCAGUUUCAUGAAUUUCAGGACGUUGAAUUUAGGAAUCUGAUGGCAUCAUCAUCUGGCAAAAAAAGGCAUGACAUGGAAGAUGAGACUGAAGAAGAAGAAGAAGAAGAGUUUGAGCAUUUCGAUGACUUUACCCUAGCCUCUUCAUGGGAAAGGUUUAUCUCGGAAAUUGAGGCUGUAUGUCGACAAUGGUUAGCAAUUGGCCCUAAAAAUUUGUUGGAAAAGGGAGCUGUUUCAUUAGGGGAGCCGAAGAACUUGUAUAAGGUCAAAUCUGAGUUGAAAUAUGCUAUGAAAAGCUAUUGCAUGGAGUAUUAUUUUGAAAUUAGUAAUGCUGUUGCAUCAUCUCAAUCAGGAAAGGCUGUAGAUUGGAAUUUCCCUUUACAUGACCUGCAAUUGUCUUUCGGUGUGAAAGAAUUCAUGGUGAUUGCACCUCAAAGUGCCAGUGGUGUUAUUCUUGAUUCACCGGAGGCUAGCAAGCUCCUAAGUGCAGUUGCUAUAGCUUUCUCAAAUUGUUCCAGUUUGUGGCCAGCAUUUGUUCCAGUGCAUGAUCCUUCUCGGAAAGCUUACAUCGGUAUACAAAAUAUGGGGACAGUCUUUACUCGAAGAUUCGAGGGAGAUCUUAUUGCUAGCCAGGUUCCAGUUAAACUUAUGCAUUUGGAGGGACUAUAUGAGCUCUUUGUUUCCAAGUUUGCAUUCUCUUCAUCAGACCUUGCGACACAUUUUUUCAGAGUUCACUUCACAAUGAAGCUAACAUACAAAACUCUUCCUUAUGAUGAUGAUGAUAACGAAAGGCUGAAAUCAGAGUCUGUAAUUGCUGAAUCUGGAGAGGAUAACGGAGGUGAUAACCGCAACAAAUUACAGUGGGAUGAUGAUUGUCCUUGGAGUGAGUGGUACACUGCAGAAGACCCUGUAAAAGCAUUUGAGCUGAUUGUCAUGUGGGAUGAGAAAAUUGUUGAAAGUUCCAUGGAGAUGGCUGAAAUGGAAAAUGUUUCUAUCCAUGAAGCUCAAAAGUGGUUCAUUGUUCCCGAAUUCACUUCUUAUAUUGCGGGUGAUGUUAUGGGAUACGUGGUUGGAUUUGCUUCACAACUUAGGCUUUUGGUUAAUGCAUUGGCUAUGUCAUUGGAAGUGAAAUUCAUGGAAGAUUUUGUGUCAGCUGAAACACCAGGAUCCGAAAAGUUAAAGUCAUCUGCAGUAGUUCCUCCACCGACAGUUCUUGAUCGUGUUCUCAAGGAUCUUUGUCAUAAUGGACCUGAAGUCAUUUCUUCUGAAAGCAGACACAAGAGUUCUAGACUUAUCAAGGGAGCUCCCUUGGAAACUCUGUUUGCUCAACUUUGCUUACAUUCUUUAUGGUUUGGAGAUUGCAACAUACGUGCCAUUGCUGUGCUAUGGAUAGAGUUUAUUAGAGAAGUUCGUUGGUGUUGGGAAGAGUCACAACCAUUGCCACGAAUGCCAGUUAAUGGCACAGUUGACCUAUCAACUUGUUUGGUUAACCAAAAACUGCAAAUGCUUGCAAUAUGUAUCGAGAAAAAACGCCAGCAGCAAGACAGCCAUCAAGAUGGUGACAACAAUAGUGAUUCUUCUAGUGCAGUGUCAACUGGUGUGUUUAAUGAGGACUUAUCUGAUCCAUUGAAAGCCAAAGGAGGUUUAGUCAAGGAAAGUGACAGCACCUCAACUUCUGAUGGCUUCCAUAAAUCCGGAGCAACCACUAAUAGGUUUAGUUCUAUGCCACAACGUUCUGUGACAUCUGCUGAUUUGGAAUCUUUGGAUCAUAAGAGAAGGGGAUCGGCAGGUGUAGUGGAAUCCAUGAUGCUUUUGAACUCAAACACCUACAUGCAUGCUCCAUUCACUCUGGAUCCACCAUUAAUGACCGAAGAUAUGCAUGAAGAAAGGCUACGUGCGGUUGAAGUUUUGGGUGAUUCAUAUAACUUCUCAGGCCAGUUAGAGAAGGACAUCCUAUCUUCAGAUAUGUCAGCAUUCAAAGCUGCAAACCCAGAUGCCAUUUUUGAAGAUUUCAUUCGGUGGCAUUCCCCAAAAGACUGGGAGGAGGACGAGAGUUCUAAAAAGAAAUGGCCUCCUGGAGGAAGACUUUCAGAGAGAAUGUCAGACUCUGGGAAUUCAUGGCGUAAAAUAUGGAAUGAUGCACCUCCUUUGCCAGCUUCAGAACAGAAGCCACUUAUGGAUCCAAAUAGAGAAGGAGAAAAGAUACUUCAUUAUCUGGAAACAGUGCGACCACAUCAAUUGUUGGAGCAAAUGGUGUGUACCGCUUUCCGGGCAGCAGCUGACACUCUUAACCAGACUAGCUUUGGUGGAUUGAAGCACAUGACGACCAAAAUCGAUCAGUUAUAUCUCACUAUUGCUUCUGCAUUGAGGCCUUUGCAAGCAAACAAGUUACCUGGGGAUAUGGAGAUAAUUGAAGACUUGAAACGCCUUUGUGUUGUAUUUGAACAUGUGGAGAAAUUAAUAACAUUAGCUGCAUCUCUUCAUCGCAAAUUCUUGCACGCACCACGUCUUGCACAAUCUAUUUUUAAUGACUUCUUCAACUUCUAUGUACCCAAAAUGGGAAAAGGCUCACUAGGAGGAGAUGCAAACAAGUUUUGCCAGGAAAUCAAGAAGGAAGAAGUAAGGGUGAACGAGAGAGACGUCAUUACAAGUAUGUUUGUUCAACCCUCGGCUAACCAGUCCUGGAGAAAAGUAUUGAGCAUGGGGAAUCUACUGAAUGGCCAUGAACCAAUUUUAAGAGAAAUUGUAUUCUCAUUGCGAGAUAGAGUGGAUAGUAGUUACUAUGCUCCUGGGAAUCGGAAUCCAUGGAGUCAUGAGCAAGAAAUAGAAACUCAUAGGAUGUACAUUUGUGGAACUUCAAAUGAUCUAAGGGUAGCUCUAUCUGUUACCUCUUGUGAUUGACAAUUUUAUUUUAGUUUGUGUUUGGAACUUUCUAUUAAUGGUGUUAAUAUGUGCUCAGAUUAACAUGAUUCAUUUUCA